UAAUGUUUGUCUUUAAACUGUGUUUCCUUUUAAACACUAAGUUGUUGUGGUUGUGAAGCUCGCAAGACUCCAGUUAUCCUUUGUGAUUUUUCUACACUCCUGAUAUCUACUUACUCCGCUACUGGACCUGACUCUUACACCGACUCUACAGCAGUGAGGAUGAACUUCGAAGAAGAAACCGCGCUUCAGCAGCACCAGGAUGUGGAGCCCGAGCCCGGAUGGAGCGGACUGGACGACCCCUGGAACGGGACACAGAGGGAGACGUUUGUGUUUCCGGAGGAUGAGGACGAUGAAAACUGGCCUGUGCUAUGCCUCUCUCCUGUUUGGAUGCCAACACCUGUGGGGAGCCCAUUCCCACCUAUGAGAGGUCUCUCUCCUUUAUGCACCCCACCACCUGUGAGGAGUCCAUCCCCACCUAUGAGAGGUCUCUCUCCUUUAUGCACCCUACCACCUGUGAGGAGUCCAUCCCCACCUAUGAGAGGUCUCUCUCCUUUAUGGACCCCACCACCUCUGAGGAGUCCAUCCCCACCUAUGAGAGGCCUCUCUCCUGUAUGGACCCCACCACCUGUGAGGAGUCCAUCCCCACCUAUGAGAGGCCUCUCUCCGUUAUGCACCCCACCACCUGUGAGGAUCCCAUCCCCACCGAUGAGAGGCCUCUCUCCUUUAUUGACCCCACCACCUGUGAGGAUCCCAUCCCCACCUAUGAGAGGCCUCUCUCCUUUAUGCACCCCACCACCUGUGAGGAUCCCAUCCCCACCGAUGAGAGGUCUCUCUCCUUUAUGGACUCUACCACCUGUGAGGAUCCCAUCCCCACCUAUGAGAGGUCUCCCUCCUUUAUUGACCCCACCACCUGUGGGGAGCCCAUCCCCACCUAUGAGAGGCCUCUCUCCUGUAUGGAUCCCACCACCUGUGGGGAGCCUUUCUCCUAUGUGGAUCCCACCACCUGUAUGGAUCCCACCACCUGUGGGGAGCCCAUCCCAACCUAUGAGAGGCCUCUCUCCUUUAUGGAUCCCACCACCUGUAUGGAUCCCACCACCUGUGGGGACCCCAUCCCAACCUAUGAGAGGCCUCUCUCCUUUAUGGAUCCCACCACCUGUGGGGAGCACAUCCCAACCUAUGAGAGGCCUCUCUCCUGUAUGGAGGAGACCAUCCCCUCGCAUUAA